AGCAGUGGUUAACAUGGCUAAUGAGAGUGUUUCGUCUGAGAGAAUGAAACUUCUUUUGGCAUUAUUUGCCUUGCAGUUUUGUUUUUCAGGGUUUCACAUUGUUUCAAGGGUUGCAUUAAACAUUGGUAUUAGCAAGGUUGUUUACCCAGUUUAUAGGAACAUCAUUGCUUUGCUCUUGUUGGGUCCUUUUGCUUAUUUCUUAGAGAAGAAGGAAAGACCACCUCUUACUUUUCAUUUGUUGGUCCAGUUCUUCCUCCUCGCAUUGCUGGGAAUCACUGCAAACCAAGGAUUUUAUCUCCUGGGAUUGAAUUAUGGAUCUCCAACUUUUGCUUCAGCAAUGCAAAACUCAGUUCCUGCAAUUACUUUUGUCAUGGCUGCUGCUCUAGGGCUUGAGCAAGUUAACAUAGCAAGGAGAGAUGGGUUGGCAAAAGUUGUAGGAACAAUUGCAAGUAUAGCGGGUGCCACAGUAAUUACUCUCUACAAAGGCCCUCCUCUUCUGCAACAGACACAUGAGCAAACACCAGCAGCCAAUGCAUUUGAAGAGGAAUUGUCUUCCAAGAAAUUGCAGAACUGGACAUGGGGAUGUGUCUACCUGCUUGGGCACUGCUUUUCAUGGGCUGCUUGGAUGGUCCUUCAGGCUCCAGUUUUGAAGAAGUAUCCUGCCAAACUCACAGUGACUUCUUUUACAUGCUUUUUUGGAUUAAUCCAGUUCUUGAUCAUAUCAGCUUUUGUAGAGACUGAUUUCAAUAACUGGAAAAUCCAAUCAGGAGAAGAGCUUUUCACUAUACUAUAUGCUGGAAUUGUAGCCUCUGGUAUUGUGUUUUCCCUCCAAACAUGGUGCAUUCAGAAGGGUGGUCCUGUCUUUGUUGCUGUCUUCCAGCCUAUGCAGACACUUUUGGUUGCUAUUUUGGAUUCUCUGAUUCUUGGUGAUCAGUUAUAUGCAGGCGGGAUUAUUGGUGCAAUUCUCAUCAUGCUGGGUCUAUAUUCUGUUCUGUGGGGUAAAAGCGAAGAGAAAAGAGUAGUAGCAGCUGAAGACAAGCUUGAAACCUUGACUAAAAGCCUUCUUGAAGAUGAGAUUAGAGGAGCAAAAGAAGGGUCUGACAUACCAUGACGAGCCCACAGCUUCCAAGAUGAAAAAAAAAAAUGUUUCAAAUUUCAAGUAAAGAACUCCCUGCUGGAAAAACACAGAGUGCCCAGCUUCUUCACAUGUAUAUCCACGUGAAAUUUUGUGUUUUGUUUUUAUAUGCAUGUACGUAUAUGGCCUUUGAAUAUGGAGAAGCCCAUUCCAAUGACAGAUGGAUAGCCAAGUCUGGCAUUUGAUUUAGUUAUGCUCAUUGGAAGUGAGACUUCAGAAAUAGCAUAUUGAAUUUCGCCAA